GGAAAAUGUCUUCGCCUGCACCACCAAAGUCGCCUGAAUUAUCAGAUAAAAGCAAAAAAUAUGAUAGGCAAAUCAGGCUGUGGGGUGACCACGGACAGACAUUGCUGGAGACGGCCACAAUUUGCCUGGUCAAUGUGACAGCUGUAGGCUGUGAGGUAGCAAAGGGACUUGUGCUGCCGGGCAUUGGAGGCUUUACCGUGGCUGAUGGCAGCACUGUUAAGGAGGAGGAUUUGGGCAACAAUUUUUUUCUAGAUUAUAGCUACCUGGGUAAAUCGAAGGCACUUGCUUGCAAACAGCUGUUGCAGGAGCUCAAUCCGGAUGCCAAUGGUGAUUAUGUAGAUGAGAGCAUUGACUAUAUCUUGGAAAAUCGGGCGAAUUUCUUUGAGAGCUUCGACCUGGUGAUUGCUUCAAAUCUGAACGAGCAGUCACUACUGCAGCUGUCUAACCGCUUGUGGGAGUCCAAUGUGCCGUUUGUAUAUUGUCGUUCCCUGGGUAUGCUGGGGUCCAUACGCCUACAACUGAGGGAGCACUGCAUUGUAGAAGCUCAUCCCGAUAAUCGUCAGUUUGAUUUGCGCCUGGAGCAACCAUUUGAGGCAUUGCGCGACCACUUAGAGAGCACAGAGGUGACAAACAAGGUGCCCUGGUUAUUGGUGCUUUAUAAAUUCCUGAAAGCUUGGCAGACUGAGCAUGGAGCUGGGCGACAGGCGCCUGGCAACUAUAAGGAAAAAACACAGUUGCGUGAGGCAAUUGGAGCAGCAAUGCAAAAGGAUGAAGAAAACUACGAAGAGGCUAUAAAGGCGGUUAACACUGCAUUUGGCGCUGGCCUGGUGCCAAGCUCACUCAAGGCCAUAUUCGAGGACGAUGCCUGUGAGCAAUUGCACAAAAAGAGCGAUGUCUUCUGGAUUAUGGCCAAGGCACUAAAGCACUUUGUGGUGGAGGAAAAUAAGGGUUAUCUGCCGCUGCCGGGCGUCCUGCCCGAUAUGACAGCGAAUACGGACUCGUACAUAGCACUGCAGCACAUCUAUCGCCAACAGGCUUUGCACGAUGCCGAUCAGGUGUACCACAAAUGUCAAGAAUAUCUCAAGCAAUUGUCGCUGCCGGCGGACAGCAUAGACGAGCGCACUGUGCGUUUGCUGUGUCGUGAGGCUGCCGGUCUGUCGGUGCAACGUGGCACACGCAUCGCCGAUGAGUACGAGAAGAACUGUCGCCUGCUACCUCUGGUGGACGACAAUGAGCUGCAGGGCAAUUUAACCGUCUACUAUUUCGCUCUGCGUGCCUAUGAGCGUUUCCUAAGCGAGUGCGGCAGCAUUCCCGGUGAGUGCACUGUAGAACAGGAUAUUGGACGUCUGAAGACCAUCACCAGCAAAAUGUUGAACGACUUGGGCCUGCAUGUGGCCAUCAGCGACGAUGUGCUGCACGAGAUAUGCCGCUACGGCGGCGCCGAGCUGCAUGCUGUGUCUGCGUUUAUUGGAGGUUGUGCUGCGCAGGAGGUGAUCAAGAUUAUUACCAAACAAUACAAACCAAUUGAUAAUACAUUUAUCUAUAAUGCUAUAAGCACUGAAAGUGUUACGUUAAAGUUGUAAAUGAAUUCCUUAUAAUACAAUUAUACGAAAUGGUUAAGAUUCUUGAAGCUUUCAAAAACUUACCGAAUCUGAUUAAACA